GGGAAAGAGGAAAACCGUGGAAAACUGCAGCGGGAAAAGAUCCCCGAAAAGACGAGUCUAAAACCACGAAAAAGGAUUCUCAAUCCUUUCACAACACCACUGAAGUCAACUCUUAAUCAACGCUAGUCCGGUCACCAUCCGGGAGUCUCAAAAGGAAACCAUCGAAAACCGCUCCUUUUGCGAAGCCCCAGGAAGCUGGAUUCAAUAGGAAUACUGGGGCAAAUCCACAGUGAAGAACAAGAUAAAGAAAAGAUUAUCGGUAUGAUCCGUAUCCGUAAGAUUUAACAGAAAUGUCGUUGCUAUUAUCGACGGGCCGGCGUUCCGUUCCGCUGGUGCUUGUCGUUAACUGUCGCUGUUUUGCGAAACCCGGCCGAAAUCCAGACAUCUACGAAACUCUUGGAACACUUCAUCCCGUUACAAAGGACACCAAGCAUGGUUUCAUCGCCCAGGGGAAGCGUGCUCUGUACGGUGCACGCGACUUUUACCACGAUUUCAUCGGAACACAGAACGUACGAACAGCGCAGCAGAAGCUGGAGGACCUUCACGGAAAAAUCAGUGUAGUAGAAGCUACACGGUCGCAGCACGAGCUGAAAUUGGUUGAAAUAAGAAAACUGAUCGCCGAGGUACAUGCUUCUCAACACCGUACUGAUCGCAACGAUGCCAUUUACUACGACUUGACAAAAAAAGAGUUUCUGCUGAACUCCGAGAAAAUACGAUUAACGGGCCUGUUGGAUGUGACGAUCUACGAACUGCAGGUGCUACAGCGCCAUCUCACGCAGGCCAUCUUCGAGAUGCAAACGAAGCAAGAGCAUGUGGCCCAUAAUGGUCGCGUUGUGAAAAUACUGCUUACCAUCGUUGCCGGGACGUUAGCUUUCUUGGGAAAGGAUGGAUAUGAAAUCUACCGAGAUGCCGACAUACGAAAGUGGAAAAACUCUAUACAAUCCGACGUGAAAGAACUGCUUCGGCGAACGGAGGAAAAACCGGUCGAAGUGCCUAGCGAAUCAUGGGCCAGUUAUCUUUAUCGGCAGCCAGUUCGGUUUUAUCGCUACAUGGUUACGAGUAAGCAAGAUCAGCCCGCAGAAUCAUGGGGUAGCUAUCUUGGUCGGCAACCGGGAAGGCUGUACCGAUACAUGUUCCGCCAAGAAAAGUAAUUCCAUGUGCCUUUUUCUGUCAAUGUUUAUGUGAUUGCAGAUUCAGCAUCAUGAAUAUUGUGAUACUGAAGUAUAUUCAAGAAUGAAAGUGAAAUAUAUACGCUUUCUAGCAGUAUUCGUUUGUCCC